AUGGAUACUGGAAGACGAGGAGUGCAGCUUCUGAACUCGUUAAACAAGUUUAUAUCUCUAACAGCAUCAUCCGCUACUAUUGGACACGGACCAGAUCAUGGGUUCUCGGUGUCGCAAUUGAAGGCAGUGGCCAAUUUCAUCCGUUUGAACGUUCUUUCGCCGUUGCGAAGGCUCGAGCCUGAUAUAUCAAUUCCCAUUUCUCGCGAGGAUGAACAACAUCAUUUGGGAGAGCUCAGUAACGACGUUCUGGUCCAAUGGUGGCUCACACUUCUUAAUUUCUUGAACUCGGGUUUGAUAUCCGACACAACAUCCAACACAUCGCUGGCAAUGGACGCAGUGUCCGUGUCUUUAGAGUGCAUUAGUAGAAUCAUCACAAUCACGGUACCCAAGGUCAACUCUCCAGAUCGCGAACGUGAAAUAUAUUCAUACCAUUUGUUGUUGACGGUACGAUGGGUCACCAAUAGAUUGGUUCUGAAUUCUAGAAGAAAAUCAGAACUAGAAUCAAGGAACUUUCAGCAACAACAACAACAACAGCAGCAGCAGCAGCAGCAGCAGCAACAGAAACAGAACGCAAUGCUUGCCUUGCAGUUUGCUAAACAAUACACAGCAGUCUUGAUACCACUUAUCGGAAAGAUCAUUGCAUUUGCAUUCUGCUUCUUGGACGACGAAUUGCAUUACGACGUAGAAGUGGUAAAAACCCUCUCCAAAAACAGAUUCGACAUAGUGGAUAUCUCUUCAGAGACUUUAUUACCAUGGAGAACAAAACAGGUUGUAGUUAUUGAAGACGACGCACAACAACAAUCCCAAUACACACGGGAAUUAAUCAAUAAGUUCAAUAAUGUCGAAUUGAAUGAACCCAUGUCGCAAGAAACUAAAAAAGUUUUCCCCAUUAUGAUCUCUUACUUACAAAACUCUCAAGUGCAAACUAUAUUUUUGUUCCAUUACUGGUUCAAUGUUCUAAACGCACAUUCUGAAUUGGGCCUCAAGCAUUUAGAAAUAGAAAAGUUUCCAGGUUUUGCGCUCAUUCUUCACUUUUGUUGCAAUACUCUAAAGCAGGAUUUGGAUAAACUUUCAAAGUUUAUCAAAAUUGAAGAUAAACAGGGGAAACACGAAGCAGCCCUGCUGAAAACAACGCCAAACUCUAAUCCAAAUCAAAUUAAUGUUAGUCAUGAAAAAAUUAUAAACUUCAUCUUUACAAAGUUUCAAGGCGUUAGAAUUAUCGAAUGCUAUAGAUCACUUAUGGGAUACUUCUAUAAUACCCGCAUUGAGAAGACACUACUUAUUGAACUUUUCAAUCUACAGGAAAAAACGUUCCUUGCUUCAUCCUCGUCUAUAUCAGCAUAUGAUUCAUGGAUGGCUAAUAUCAUAUUCAACGUUUUGUUCCAAUUUCAAGUAUUUCAUUUCGAUACUUUACCAGAAAUUCUAGAGAGCUUUUCGUGGAAUUCAUGGAUCAAUGGUAUAUUCGGUACCUUAAAAACCUAUAACGUUGACUCCCAGUUAGUGGGAUUGUUAUGCCUUUUUAACACUUGGCAAAGCAUUCCCUUGGUUUACCGUAAACGUAUUGCUGGUGCACUCAUUGGAGAGUUCUGGGACAUGCUUUCUAUCGAUACCGAUUUCCACAUUGUAAACAUCCUUUUCCAUAAGCUUCUUAUUUUCAAAGUUCUUGCAGAUGAGAACAUCUCUAAAAUUUACCAUGAGGCUAUUAAAACGAAAUUGUUCUCGAUCAAUAAGGAAGUGCUGUGCAUCAUAAACGCUUUUGAUUAUGACUAUACUCAACUAGUAGAUGAAAAGACUGUUCUCUUUUUCCAUACGAAUAAUAGGUUGAUCCUAGAACGUCAAGAACCACUGUAUGAGGAUGACUUACUCUUGAUGAGUAAUCUGAAACAUACUGAAGGUAACAUGGGGAACGCUAACAAUACACUUCUUUUCACUAACAUGUCAAGAAUGUCUAACAUACGGCCAGGAGUCGUGAUUUGCAAAGGAAAGCACCCCUUUGAUAUUUCAGAUGAAUUAGUCAGUAGAGCCGCUCUAAUGGUUGCACAAAAAAAUAAGACAAAAAGAGAAAACGAACGCAAUAGAUCUUCAAUUUCAUCUAGCACAUCUUCACUUAACAGUGAUACAAGUGAAACAGAUGAUUCGAAGAAAGAAGGUGGUUUGAAAUUUGGAUUUGGAGCUCUGUUGUCAAGUUUCAAUAACAAUAUCAAAUCAAAACCUGAUACUCCUCCAAAACCAACUCAAAGGAAUUCAAACAGAAAUAGCAUUGCUUCGACUAGUACAACAGAUACUUAUGAAACACAUGAAAUGCUGUCCAUGUACAGUACAGUCUCUUCAGUUGCAUCAAAUUCAUCUAGAUCAGAAUCAUCUGAAGAUCUACUGUAUAAAUUAUCGCAGCAAACACGUUCUCACAUUAUGAACAAUAAUGACUCUCCAGCGUCUAAAAAGCACAAACUUUUGGCACCGGUCGAAACCAAAUAUACCAGGGAUAUUGUAACCAAACCGCCAAUUAGAUUUAUUUUUAAAACGGUAUCAGUUAAUUCUCAACUAACUCAAAAGAAGAACAUGUUGGACAAAAUCCAAGGGUUCAACAAGAAAUGGGGGGUCAAAGUCGUUAAUAGAUAUGACAAGCCUUUACCGGACCCAUUAGGAAUGGCUAGUGAUACUCUAAUAGAUGGUUUUGAUUUCGAUUCUUUGUCACCCACAAUUGAAGAACUUCAACAACUGAACCUAGUGGAAAAUUCUGUAUCGAAUAUUUACGAACACGAUUCUUCUCAAGAACGCCGACAACAAGGGGGGGCAAUGGAACCACCCCAGAUAGAUAUUAGUCAACUAUUUCCUGAUGACACUUUUAUGAAUUUAACAGAUGUACUGAACUCAACAUCAUAUGAUAUCGAAAAAAACAAGCCGAUUUCUAAAGUUGAAAGGAUGAAGCUCAUCACAAAGCUGACGAAAUUAAUCAAGGUGAUCCACACUUUCAAUCUCACUAUGAAAGAGUAUACAGAAUUUAAAAAGGUUAACGGAAACAACCUAGUUUACAUGGAAUUGGACCCUGGAUUCCACCAAAAUCACUCCCUAAACAAAGGUCUCAUAGCAAUAGCUAGUUAUAAGUAA